AUGCAUCGCUUUCGCAAGAACAAGAAGGUCAAGGAGACCUUGGAUGAGUUGGAGAAUGGGCCAUCGACGUCAACCUCGCCCUUUAGUUUGAAGCCCUCGAAGAAGAAGGAUGCGGCGGAGGCACAAUUCCAACUGGACCUAUCCGGCGCCCUCCCUUCCUCGGAUGAUUUCCGCACGAGUCUGCUCAUGCCCAAGCUGUCCGCUCGAUUCAGCAUGUUGAGAGAACAAGAUGAUCCAGAUACGAUGAUUGGAAAGGCCAGCGACGAUAGCGUCCUGUUCCCUAAGCGAGCCUCGCGAUUGAAUCUCUUCGGCCACAACCCUAGUAUGUUGACGGACAUCGAUGAGGUAUCAUCCAACGACGGCAGCCGUCCAUCAAUUGCACUGGGACGAGCCGACUCUUAUGCAUCUGGCAUGGAAGCAGGAUAUGGUACCGAUGAUGACCGUUUGCAAAGUGGUAGUAUCAUGAGCCGAGCUCGUCGGGCAGAAGGAAACAACCUCUUUGGUGGCCGUCAAAAGGUCUAUCGCAUUCCGGUUCGCUCGCCUUCAGGGACGGAGCCCAGCUCAACGGAGCCCACCCGCGGUAUGGGCAAGUUUGUCUACGAGCAUGACCUUAAUAUGUCUGCCUUCCAAAAGAUGAGGCACAAGGAGAAGGAAGAACAGCGACUUGCGGAGGAGGCAGCCCAAGCAGAGGCAGCCCAAGAGGCCGCGAUGCAAGAAUCAGAGGAUGCGACUUCGACUUUCUCGACAAAACGCACUACCUACUCUUCAACAGCGUCCGGGCCUACUACUAAUGCUCGUACCUCCACCGCUGCCACUUCAAUCGACGAAUCCCUGCCUAGUGUCUCUCAAACGUCAACGGCCUCCGCGCCUGCUCCAGAAUGCCCAGUCGACGCUCGCCCACCAUCCGCCAUGUCUACACCUCGGAAUGGCUCCGUUCGGUCUCGUCGUCUCUACGGGCAAGGGCUCACACAGACCGCUCAGAACCAACAAUCCUCGACUUUGAGCCGCCUGGAAAGCCUGAGCCGCCAGCGUGCGGGUACUCCGGACCUGAUUCCCUUGAACCGUAACUUCUCGCGCAGUGCCACCAACCUUCGUGAUCGCCUUCAGAAGCUGAAUGUUACCGAACCGGCUACCACGGCUCGGUCCACUAGCCCUCCCUCAUCGGCGACUUCACCCAAGCAGCCCACACUUCCCGAGGCUGCUCCCAAAGACCGUAUUUCGCCCACUGUAGCUAGUUUCGGCGUCGCACCUCCCCUGAGCCCGCCAACUAGCGAGAAUGAGGAUGGUAACAACUUGCUAGCAGCGGCACUCAACCCUGAAGAUCAUGGAAAAGCCACUGCGAUGGGUCUUUUCAACCGGCCUGCCACGGGCUUCGAUGAACAGCAGUUUAUGCGCCGCCAAUUGCAGAUGCACCAGGGACGCAACACUCCUCCCCCACGGCGUCCAUCUUCCCCGCGUCGUGCUCCGCCGCAGGAGCCAGCUGGCCGCUCGCGCGGUCUUUCCAAGUCUAGCUAUCGUUCUCGAGCCGAGUCUGCUUCUUCUCAUUACAGCAGUGACGCCCACAACGGCAUUGAUCACUCCCAAGCACCUAGCGUGGAGGCCUCGCCCGGCCGCCCAGGUAUGACAACCUUCUAUGCCAACUCGACCGCCAGUGACUCUGGCGACGAGAACGAUGACCGUCGCUCGUACGAAGUCUCGUCCGUGACCACCAUGGCUACCGACUUUGGUCACCCGCUGCAACAUACCAGCACCGCCUCUAAGCCUCCCACUCCCACGGGCGAGCAUCUGGAAACCCUCCCAGAGGUCAGAUACUCGGAUCUAGGCGACCUCAAGCCUAUCGAGGAAGACGAGAGCAUGGAGAACGAUGCCUUGACUCAGCUUGGAGAUGGCAACACUCCUCAGCGACCGGAUUCACCAACAUUCGGUCUGAACGGCUUCAUCCAGUCUCACUUGCGCCAAGUGAGCAACCAGUCCUCCAUCUACCCCCCACCAUCUCCGGGCCUACCACCCCAAGACUCCAAUGCAAACAACCUCGCUACCGACGAGCCUAUCUCUGAGGUAACUACUCCCGCACUUACCCCUGACGAGACGCCUUCGACUCUUGACAUGCAAAUCGAGCCCUCAAGCCCGAAGCCUCCGUCCCAUCAAUCCUCCGACGUGACCGCCAAUCGCUCAAGUGGAGACUCCUCUGAUGCUAGCGCACUGCCUGGACAUGGCGUCGCAGCCCCACAUUCCACGAAUUGGAGGGACGAGCUGGCCUAUCACCACCGUCGGGACGGAAGCACCGAGACACAGAAGGAGCGUGAAGAAUUCGCUAUGGAGCUGGCCGAGCGGCGUCGCAAGGUCCAGGAGAAACUUCGCAGCGUUGCUGAGAGUGAAAGCCGUUCCAGUAGCCCGACCCCCGGUCGACAGACCCCUGAUUUCGGUGGGAUCAAGGCGGGCAAUGCCUUCUCUCUCUUGAAGCACAAGCCCGGCAAGCAAGGUCCCCCUCAGCAGGAUGCCAAGAGCAAGAUGUAUGGGUAUAACAGCGGGUCCACUCCUGCCCUGGUGUCAGAGGAUUCUUGGCGCGAGGAGGAACGACCCUCUUUCAACCUUGGUCGUCACUCCAACUCCAGCUCUCCAUACGUUGGAUCCGAACGAUCAAUCCGGUCGCGUAUGCCUACCAUCGGUCGCAACAGCAAUGAGGAUUCUCGCGAAUCUAGCCGCAGCCGUGGCCCCUCCCCGCACAAUGCCUUCCGAUCCCGUUCCGGCUCCGACGCCUCUGGUCGGUCCAAGAGCCGAACUCGCUACCGCGAGCGUGAUGAUCUUCAGACUGUAGAUGAGGGUGCCGUCAUUGCUCACGACAAUUUCGUCGUUCCUGACAACUUCGAGCCUCCCUCCGUCUCUAGCUCAGCCCGCCCCUCCAUGGAGGUUGAGCCGCUCAUGUACGAUCGUUCCUCCUCUGCCGCAUCUGGUAGAUACCGCAGCGCCAGCCGUUCAGGGACCGGGCCCCCCAACUUCCAGUACGAACGACCGUUCGCAUACCAACAGUCCCACCCUCCCUCUAUCAUCGGUGCUACGCCUCGGGCCCCUCCCGCUGCUCCUGCAUACUCUGCCAACGCCACCCCUCCGCUGAACGAGGACCAGUCUCCAACUGCGACCAUUUCUUCUGCUGGCAGCAGCGCUCAUGCUCUGCCUCAACGUGCGCCUGGAAGCAACUUGCUCCAAAAACGCAGUGUCAACAAGAAGCUCAUCUCCGAGCCGACCUUGGUGUCUUCCACCUCCAAUGUCCCCCUCGUUGGUCUUCCCACGGGCAACUCGAUGGCAUCCAUCUCUUCACAACAGGGAGCCACUCCACCUCCCCUCCCACCCAUGAACCCCCGUCGUCGUCGCGGCACCCAAACCAUUCUCAGCGCCUUCAAGUCUGACAAGCACGAGUCCCGGGUAUCUUCUCCAGCUCCCAGCAUCUCUGAUGAGCAGAGCUACUUCCCUGACGAUGAGAAGCGCCCACGCUCCCGCAACCGUCUACGCAAGACCUCUAGCGAAGGUGGCAACCUUCAUGGCAGAGCCCGUGGGGACUCCAUGGUCAGCCCAGCCCCUGCUGUUCCCCAAUACCCACCUCCUGCAAUCCCCGUGGAUGGUGGCAUGUUCUAG